UGUGUCUCUAAGCCAUCGACGGAGCUAGCGAGCAUAGCUGACCGGAGAGAUCUGCUAACUUCUUUUAAGCUGCGAUCAACCAAAAAUCUCUGAAGCAGUUCAACGCAGACGGAAUCACAAACCUAACUAGGAUGGAGAUUGAGAUAGAGAAACAACAACACUAGCUAAAGAAGCUCGAAUCAAGCGAAACGAUAGCGCCUUGUCAAGAGAUUAUAACAGACUGAAGUUGAAAUGUUCAAAUCCAAGGCUUCCGUUCGUUUCAGAGCGAUCAUUCUUCUUCAGGUUAUCAUCUAUGCAGUAAAUGUUGCAUCCGAUUUAUCAAAUACCACAACAAUACAUAGCAAUAUGAAUGGAUAUCGGCCUUUAUGUGCAUGCCAUCAAUGUAUUGGUACAAAGGACCUAGGUGUUGUGAAGCCUUUAUCAGCUAGCGAGCCUCUAGAUGAGAAUGAUAUAGAUAUUAUCGUGGCAUUCAGCGACACUUACGGCAUGUUUAAAACUAGGAAUGUGAAAUCCAGGGACCUUUCAGCUUCCUGGGUCUGGAAAUCCCCGACGGACAAGGAUUAUGAACAGAAAACAAGUUCCAAGAGUCAAGAACAUCCAGUUCAGGGUGAAACAACUUCAGUAGAUGAUGCUCAUCAAUCUGGUGAUGACACUACAAAGUGGCCUACAUCUUCUCCUAUGAACCCCGUGAAACUCAAGCGUCGGGCACUUCGAGAAGAGAGGAAGAAACUGCGAUCCGAGUAUCUGUCCAGGCAAGACAAAGACAUUGACAGCCAAAUGGACGCAGCUGCCAUUCAAAGAACAGAGGAGUUUGACACGACAAUGAAAGGAAGAUACAGUAUAUGGAGAAUAGAAUAUGCAAAUCCGAAUUCUGAUUCUAUUGUUAAACUUAUGCAUGAUCAGAUCGUCAUGGCAAAGGCUUAUGCUACAAUCGCAAAAGCUAAGAAUGAAACUUUUCUAUAUGAUUCCCUAAUAAAAUCUUACCGAGAAAGCCGACUUGCCAUUGAAGAAGCUAGUUCUGAUGCAGAACUUCCACCUAGUGCACUUGUUCAAGCAAAAGCAAUGGGUCGCAUUCUUUCUCUAGCCAAGGACCAACUAUAUGACUGCCUAGUUGUGGCUAGGAAGUUGAGGGCUAUGCUGCUAUCUACUGAAACUAAUGUAAACACGCUGAAGAAAAAGAGCGCGUUCCUGAUCCAGUUAGCUGCAAAAACCGUCCCAAAACCACUUCAUUGUCUCUCUCUGCAGCUGACAGCGGAUUAUUACCUGCAGGAAUUUGAAAGCAAAGGGUUUCCUUAUGGAGAGAGGAUUGAGGAUCCGUCACUAUAUCAUUACGCUAUAUUUUCAGACAAUGUGCUAGCGACAUCUGUGGUGGUUAACUCUACUGUACAACAUGCUAAGGAACCGGAAAAGCAUGUAUUCCAUAUAGUAACGGAUAAACUGAACUUUGCAGCAAUGCGAAUGUGGUUUCUAGUUAAUCCACCUCCAGGUGUAUCGAUCCAAGUGGAGAAUGUCGAUGAUUUUAGCUGGCUUAAUUCUUCUUAUUGCCCUGUUCUUCGUCAACUUGAGUCUGCUAGAGUUAAGGAGUAUUAUUUCAAGGCAAAUCAGGCUUCUUCACUGUCGGUUGGUUCUGAUAAUCUGAAGUAUAGGAAUCCAAAGUAUUUGUCCAUGUUGAAUCAUCUUAGGUUUUACCUUCCUGAAGUUUAUCCAAAGCUGGAAAAGAUAUUGUUUCUGGAUGAUGAUUUAGCUGUUCAGAAGGAUCUGACACCUCUUUGGUCUGUUGAUCUACAAGGAAUGGUGAAUGGUGCUGUGGAGACUUGUAAGGAGAGCUUCCACAGGUUUGACAAGUACUUGAAUUUCUCUAACCCGAAGAUAUCAGAUAAUUUUGAUCCAAACUCGUGUGGAUGGGCGUUUGGCAUGAACAUGUUUGAUCUUUUGGAAUGGAGGAAGCAAGACAUCACAGGAAUAUAUCAUCAUUGGCAAGAGAUGAACGAGGACAGAACACUUUGGAAACUGGGAACAUUGCCACCGGGACUAAUAACAUUUUACAACCUGACACACCCACUCGACCGAAGCUGGCAUGCUUUAGGACUCGGGUAUGAUCCUGCCCUUAAUCAGACAGAAAUUGAAAAUUCUGCUGUGGUCCACUAUAAUGGUAAUUACAAGCCAUGGUUGGAUCUUGCAAUCUCCAAAUACAAGUCAUACUGGUCUAGAUAUGUAAUGUUAAAUAACUCUUAUCUUCAACUUUGCAACAUCAAUUACUAAUGCCCUCCUCCUCCAUAUUUUACAAUGAAAAUAUGUUCCCUUAUCCUUUUCCAUGUCAAACAUAAGAUCAAAAUUACCCUUUCUAAACAAAUAUAGUCAGUACUCUGUCAGGCUGUCAGCCUAUUAUUAUACUUUAUUUUUUUUUAUUGAGAAUCAUAGGUGGUGUUGAUAUUGAUGUAUAUGAAUACUACACUUU